CGAUUUUGAAAAUUUAACAGACGCGCCAUUGUAGUUUGUAGACAGAAAAUUUCAUUCUCAUAGCUUCUCUUUUCUCAUUUUUCAAACAUCAUUUUUGAAUUCUUCUUCUUAUUUCUCUUGCCAAAUGUCGAACAAGGUGUUGGAUUCUGUAGACUCACUGUCGAUUCCUUCUGAGCCUCUUCAUAUUGGAAAUUGGUUCUCGAGCUAUGCAUAUGAAUCGCCUGUUUUGAGUGGGAUUGAUGAUUUUCAAGAUUAUGAUGGUUCCAGAAAUAUUGAUUCUGGAUAUGGCAGAAAAGGAGCGAAAGAUGAUUCCUUGCAUUGUGGUGAGAAUGUUGCUUCACAAGAAGAUAUCGAACUUCCAAUUAAGGUUUGGAGAGCUUCAGAUAAUGUCUCAUUUUCUUCUGUGCUAUCAGAGCCUUUAGAUACCAAGGACUGUUUCUCAAGUUUUGUGCCUGAAACUUCCCUAUUGGAUGAUAGUGAUGAUACUAGAGUCCCUGAAUCAAUUGACAUUGGUUUCAAUGAGGAUACUAGCUCCAGAGGAUGCAAAGCAGACAGCAACAACAAGGAGCAAGAUAAUUCUGCUGAAAAUCAAACAAAUGGGAAAAGCCACAGUUUGUCUUCUGGUGUUGAUGUGGCUUCAAAGGACCUUGUGCAGUGUACAAAUUUUGUUGCAGAUAACAAAUGGGAUGUGGACUCUUCAGAUGACAUUUCACUUGCUUCAGUGCCUCCAGACAUCCGGAACUGGUUCUCUAGCUAUGUUUAUGAAUCUCCUAAAGAGGAUACUGUUCAAGAUUUCAUGCUUACCGAUCAUGAGAAAGAAUUAGAUGACAAAGUGUGUACAAAUUGGUAUAGUGGCAAUAGGGAACCUCAGAAUUUGAGGAGUUCAUUAGGAACUCCUUUUAUUCAUGAUGACAAGUACGAGCAUCAAACUGGCUCAAAGGAUCAGGAGGCUGAUGGGACAAAGAACACAAGAGUAUCCAAUGAAAUGUCUCAUGAAAGGAUUUCACAACAGACUCUAUAUCACAAGACAACGGAGAGUAGCAAAUGUGGUUCACCAAGAUACAUUGACAUGGUCUUCAAAGAGAGUGAUGGAGAACACUUGGAGACCAUUUUUCCUCAAGAAGCUAACUGCAAAGUAUCCUGUACCAACGAUCAUUCAAGCUGUGAAGGUGAAAAAUUAUAUAGACAUCCAAUCCACAGGAAGGAUUCUGCAGAGAACAGCUCGAAAUCUGAAGAUAGUGUUGAGCCUGCUGAUGAUGUGCAAUCUAAAAAUAGGAUGGAGAUGAGUGUGUUAAGGCAGAAGUUAUCCAAACGGAAAGCUGCAGAAAUCUCCGACAAAGAAAAUCACAUAAAUAACUUUGGAGAGAAUGGUUUUAUAUCAACCAGAAAGAGUAGGAAUAGCCGGGUGCAGAACAAAAGUCCUUUGCCAACGCCAGCUGCAGUUCAGUCUCCUUUAAGUGGAGUCACUGUUGCAUCAAAUUGCCACGAGCAUGGUUUGACUAGAAAGGUACUCACAGAAACAACCAACUUCCAUCCUAGUGCUUUGGAAACAACAGGAAAAUGGCAGUGCCCCCAGAGGACUAAGCCAAAUCUUGGUCCGCCUUUAAAACAGCUUCGACUAGAGAGAUGGGUUCGUCGUGCUUAAGUCUAGUACAUUCUUAUGAAGAGAAAAUGGAUAUCAAAAAUGGAAGAAUUCAAAAAAGGUUUUUGCAUGUUAGCUAGUGAAAGAUGUGAGAACAAGACUUGGCACAAUGACAGGGUUGCUCUUUCGGGAGUUGAGCUGUGGAAACAUUUUGCAGAAGUCUAAGAGCAAAGUUGCAUAUAGUGUACACUCCCCUUACCCUACACUAGGCAGGUAACACUACUUGCAGCAGGGUAAGGGCCAAAGGCCUUAGUUAAAAUGAAAAUGUCUAAGAUCCAAGGCUCUACCUCAGGCAGUGAGCUUGCUGUGAAGUUUGGUCUGUAUUAUUGAUGAAAAAUGUUUGAGGGUAAGAUGCAUGUAUCUGUAAACAGGUUGAUCUGUAGUGAGAGUUAACACCAUUACAUUUGCA